AUGGCUUCUCAGAUCAUCAACGUCUUCUUGACUUCGUUUCCCGGUCUUGGUUUGCCUUCUACCUUGUCUCUACCUGUCGACAGCUCUACUUCUAUCACAGAUUUGAGGCAACAGCUUUCAGAUCGACUUCCACACAUAGACUCUCGACUCAUUUUUACCACUACCUCAAACAAGGAGGUUUUCUCUUCGGAAGCCCCAGUAGCUACCUUACUUUCCAGUCCCAAUGACGCAUUCCUACCUCUCCGACUCUCGGUACCGUUAUGUGGUGGAAAGGGUGGUUUCGGCUCCCAGCUUCGUGCUGCUGGUGGGCGCAUGUCCUCCAAGCGAAAGAACAACCAAGGCGAUAGUAAUAGCUCCAACCGCAACCUGGAUGGCCGGCGUCUCAGGACAGUCAACGAAGCGAAAGCCCUGGCUGAGUACCUCGCGCUGAAACCAGAAAUGGAGAAAAAAGACAAGGAAGCCAGACGAGCUCGCUGGGAGCAAGUUGUUGCUCUUUCCGAAAGAAGAGAGGAAGAGAUUCGAAAUGGGUCAAAGGGAAAAGUCGACGGCAAAUGGGUGGAAGAUAAAGAAGAAGCUGGAGAGCGGGCGCGAGAAGCAGUGCUGACGGCAAUGAGAUCUGGAGAUUAUCAUGACAAUCUCAAGGAGUCCUCCAGCGGUAGUUGUAGCGGCGCAUCUGCUCAGACAAGUGAAGAGAGCGAAGAAGAGGAUAUGAGAGACUUGAAACAAAACGCACUCGCAGUUUCCUCGAUUUUACAACCAACCCCUACGCUCGCCAGGUCAUACUUCGGCUUCGACGAAGACGACGAUUUCAUGAGUGAUGACGGAGAGGGAGAAGACCGGGCCGACGAUACCACGGUAGAUGUCACUGCAUCUGUAAACGGCAAGGGCAUGAGUGAUGACGGAGAGGGAGAAGACCGGGCCGACGAUACCACGGUAGAUGUCACUGCAUCUGUAAACGGCAAGGGCAAAUCAAAAGCCAUGGCGUAG